AUGGACUACAGGAAGCUGGACCAGAUCGACCCCUCAACCAGGAAGCUGGUGGGUGAUGUCGGCUCCGAGAAGGCCCAGAAGGCCAUCGGAGUGAUAACAGAGGCCAAGCAGAAGAUGGAGGCCUUGCAGACGGCCUACGAGAAAGAUGUUGGCGUGAACUUUCGACCAUAUCUGCUGCCGAUUCCAGUCAUGAGGGAGGCAUUGGACGUUGUCUAUGGUUUGCUCGAUGAGGAGUCCAGGCGAGACGCAGAACGUGUGGGUAGGCUGCUGCUCUCGACCAGAUACUUGCUCAACGAGGCGCCCACUGUGAAGACCGAGCCGUCAGCAGCAAGGCUGGAGAUCGAAUUAUUUCGCAAUGCGGUUGAAGAGCAGGCCAAAUUUCGCAAAGAGAUCAACGAACUCAUUCGGAUUAUGGAUAAAUUCCUAUUAUUUCUAUCGUAG